UUGUAAAUAUUACAACCACUUUAAGUGUAUUGUCCAGUGAUAUUAUAUUAUUUGAAUGAUGUAACAUAAAAGUUAUAACAUAAGACAGCAAAUGAUGGUUCUCAUCACAAUAACAUUUGUCAUAGGGAGGAAUCGAACUCAUGACCUCCGGUAUAGCAAGCCACUAACCGUUCGAUCAAUAGACCAGUCAUAACAAAUUCGAUUAUUAUUCAUUCGCGCAUUUCAUUAAAGAUAAACUGUCUGAUUCUGUCAAGUUAAUCCCGUCAAGAAAUUUAAAUUAAACUUUUUAAUUAUAAGCCAUAAAAAUACGAAAUUCUCACAUGAUGCAAGUAAGUAAGAUCUGAGUAUGUAGCAGCAUGCACCUGCUUACCCUUUUGAAUAUUAAAGCGAAAUCAUCCAAUAUCUCAGCGCCUUCCUACCCUUUACAUUUCUUACACUUUGCAAAAACUCGACAGCUUGGAGGACAACGGCUAACCCACACGUCAUUCAAAAACUAUAACUCUUUAACCCCAAAAACAAAACCAGCGCAAUAAAAUGACAUACAAAUAAACCGUCGCAAAUCAUAUCGCAAUACACAACCGGUAGUAAUUCGACAGGUCUUUGGCCAGCUCUUUCAUAAACUCUACCCUACCACGCUUGCCUUUAGUGGGGCGUCCACCUAUGCACCUCACUUCAUUUAGUUAGAGUAACACUCGCGCGCAGUCCGUCCAUUUUAAAAGUAUUAAUUAAGAAAAGCAAAAUGUGUGGGGAAAUGGGCAAAGCUGUUUUGAGGGCGCUAACUGGAGCGCUGCUUUGCGGGCUCGUGUCCGACGCGGCGUAUUUACAACAAUACGACCCAUAUGAGGUCCACUACGAGCAGGCAGUGGUCCGGCCGAAGCCGCUUCGGGAGCACGAGAAGCCACAAGACCUGCGCAACGUCCCCGGCACGCCCGGCGUCGACUUCCCGAUAUACCACUCCGUGCCAGACACUGGGUUUUCAUGCGAUCACGUGCCAGUCAGACCUGGCAUGUACGCUAACGUGGAGACUGGAUGCCAGGCUUACCACGUAUGCCAUGAUGGUCGUGAGGGCAACCAGGGAGCUUCGUUCCUGUGCACCAACGGCACGCUGUUCGACCAGGCCAAGUUCGCGUGCGAUUGGUGGUACAACGUCGACUGCUCUAAGGCUACCGUGCUCUACAAGUUGAACGCCGAUCCCCACCACAACCCAUUCGUACCUAAACCGAAACCCCAUGAAGAGGAAGCUCCUCAAGCCCACUACGAUCCCCACGGACAACACGUUCCCGAGGUCGAAGACGUGCGCUACGUCCAGCAUGCCCAGCAAGCUCCACAAGGCAUCUACUAUAGAAAGUACUAGAGAGUAGGAGACGAACAAAUCUUGCCAUUUUUGUAUAAAAAUAUCACCUUAUUCGGUAAAAUAGUUACCAAGAACGUAAUAUAUAGAAGUGAAUCCUAAAAUGUGAUUUAUAAAACUAAAAAUUCACAAACAUGCCAACUUGAACCUUAAUUUGUAAGAAUCAUAACACAUUUUCGAAAAUCAUACAUUCAUGCACUCACAUUCGGUACUGCAGAAGUAAUUUAUAUUAUUUAAAUAUUAAAAUGCUUUUUCAUACCGUUUAUUCUUACAUUUCACAAAGGUUUUUUGAAUUGAGAACUUAAUUGUAUCACGCUAAAGUUCGUUGGUAUUAGAAAUUAUGCUAAUACUGGCCAGUGAUAAGAUCUUGGCUGCCAUAUUUAAAAUGAUACUAUUUUUAAAA